AUGCGUUUGGCAAAGAAAGAAGAGAGAGAAACCACGGCAAAUUUCGAAAUAGAAGAACUGUUAAGCUCAAAUGGUAUUAGUUCAACAAGUUCUGAUUUAAUAACCUCAGUCGAGAAAGAAACAUUUAUCUCAAACAAUACAACUAACGGGUCACCAACACUGUCGUCUACUGUAACUCAAAUUGUUGAGAGCAGUACACUUUUAUCAGAAUGUUCCGAUUGUGUGUGCAUUGGAAACACAAACCGUAAUAGUGGUGUGUACAACAUAACUCUUGAUGGAAACUCGAACACCAUCUAUUGUGACGUUGAUCUGGGAUUUAAUUGGAUGGUUAUCUUUAGACGGACCCUAGGAAAUGUGGCAUUUAACAGAAUAUGGGAGGACUACGAAUCUGGGUUUGGAGACAUCAAUGGAGACUUCUGGAUUGGAUUAAACAAUUUGAACUACUUUACAAUGUCUGGGUGGAAGGUCAUGAGGGUCAAAAUGGAAGAUAUUGAUGGUUUCCAUGGUUACGCACAAUAUAGUACUUUCCUUGUUGGUGACACGUCAACAAACUAUAAACUUUCCGUAACGGGCUAUGGAGGAACAUCAGGGUAUGACGCAUUCAGCUAUCACAACAAUAUGAAUUUUUCCACAAAAGAUCGGGACAAUGAUAUGUCUACGAGUAAAAACUGUGCUCUUUUUCACGGCGAGCCUUGGUGGAACAAAGACUGUUCAAGAAUAAUUUUUACGAGGGAUGACUUUCAUGAACUUGGAUGGUAUAAUUGGUUCAAUGGAAGUUACAAGCCGCUGGGAAAGAUUAUCAUGAUGGUUCGGAAACCAGAGAUUGUUGAUACAACAAUUGGCGACGUUCCCUUUAACGAUGUUUGGUCGAGUUAUGAAAAUGGAUUUGGAAACAAAGAAGGGGAUCAUUGGAUAGGUUUAAAGAUUAUCAACCAUUUUACGACUUCUGGAUGGACCAGACUGAGAAUUGAGAUGGAGGAUAUCGUUGGUUACUUUGGUUAUGCUCAAUAUAGUUCCUUUGAAGUUGGCAGCGCUUCUGUUGAAUACCAACUGACAUUAUCAGGAUACUCGGGCACUGCAGGGUUUGAUGCCUUCAGCUACCACAACAAUAUGAAGUUUUCCACGAAAGAUCGCGACAACGAUUUGUCAACAAAAAACUGUGCGUCUUUUUACGGCAAUCCAUGGUGGAACCGAGACUGCUUCCGAGUCAGAUUUACACAAGACUCCUAUACUAAUCUCGGCUGGUACAACUGGUACACCGGAAAUUACAAACAGCUGACCAGAGUCACGAUGAUCAUCCGAAAACCAGUCGGAUAA